GUCUGUCUCACUCUCAAGUCAUGAGCUGUGGUGACGAUGUGGUUCCUCCUCCUGCUUCUCCACCUUGCUCACAUUGAGCUGGUGAGCUCACAAGCUGAGGACAGACUGAUUCUAAAAAACAAAGGAGGCUACCCAUGUGAAGGCUACCUUGAAGUCUACCAUAGCAACACAUGGGGCUAUGUUGGGGAUACACACUGGAGCAAGAACACUGAAAAAGUGGUUUGUAAGAGCACUCACUGUGGGGAACCUGUGGAGAACUCAGUAAAAGAUAUUUUUAAGCCUUCAGAAGACAGACCGAUCUGGCUCAAUGAACUGAAGUGUGAAGGACACGAGAGCGCUCUGUGGGAAUGUAAACAUCCUGGUUGGAACUCCAGCUAUUACUCAAAGCUCACAGUGAAAAAACUUAAGUGUUCAAGUAAUAUCACAUUAAGCCUGGAUGGACCCAAAUGUGCUGGAGCGGUCCAGUACUCCAUUGAUGGCAAAUCGGGUUACUUUUGUGACAACAACAUUGGUGAAAAAGAAGCCAGGCUUCUGUGUAAAAGUCUGCAGUGUGGUGGACUCAGGGAAAUUCCUCCCUCAGAAAGGAUGGUUAGUGAAAACUUCACAGGCUCAACAAAAAUGAAGCUCGAUUGUUCAACCUUUGAAAAUGCAGACCCAGAUCAUCUGUGGCAGUGUGUGAAAGGCAAUGAUGAUUCAGCAUCAUGCAAACCUUUUUCUGUCAUAUGUGAAGGUUAUACAAGACUGCAGCUCAAAGGAAACCAGUCAAAUGUGUGUUCUGGGCAGCUGGAAAAAGAAGAAAAUAACAACUGGGUACCUGUUCAACAGGACAACUUUACUUUUGAUGUGUGCCAGCAAAUGCACUGUGGUAACUCUCUCAGCCCAAACAACAGCACAAAGAAAAACCUUAAUGUGACUUGCACAGAUGAAGUUAAAGUAGUUCUGCACUCUGGUAAAGACAGCAAGUGCUAUGGUACAGUUAAUAUUGAAGUGAAUGGUUCAGUUAAGCCUGUGUGUGCCUCCAACUGGAAUAAAAGUGAAGCUGAAUUAGUCUGCAAGGAGCUUGGAUGCGGGGAACUGAUUUAUACUCAAGAACGUGAAAAUUCAAGAGGGAUAAUGGACCAUGUGAGCUGCAAUGGCAGCGAGUCCUCACUGUGGCACUGUGAGGCUCAGCAUGGUGACAAUAUCCAGUGUUCAAAACAACCUUAUGUGGUGUGUUCAGACAGUGUGAAGGUGAAACUGGCAGAUGGUCCUGGAAGAUGUGCUGGAAGAUUGGAGAUAAAGCAUGAGGGCCAGUGGAGGAAAGUUCCUGCAGACGAAUGGACAGAGGAUCAGUCAGCAGCUGUCUGCAAACAACUGCAAUGUGGGGAAAAAGGCAAAACUGAAAAAUUCAGUCAGGGUUCUGGUAGCUUCCUGUCAUUAAAGUGUCCAGAAAAUAAGAAGAUAUCAACCAUAUCUGAGUGCUUAACAGAAAACUCAAACAACAAAUUUUCAAAUCGAGAAGUGGAAGCAGUUGGAAUAACCUGUGAGGGUCACAAGGUGGUGUUUUUGAAUGGAACCUGUUCUGGUCAUGUGGGGAUAGAGCAUGGCAGAGAAAUCUACUGGCUCUCUGGGUCUAAAGAGACAUGGAACCAAGAGUCUGCAGACACAGUGUGUCAGCAGAUGCAUUGUGGGAAUGCUACCAGCUUUUCUUUCCAUUCUAGGGCUGAUAUGAUUAAUAAAGUUUGGAAAGACUCUUUUAGCUGCUCAUCCAGAAAAAAGUCUCUUUUUGAGUGUAACCGAAAUACAACUCUGCCUCCUGACCAUCAUAAUUCUACUGUCUAUGUGAAAUGUUCAGGAAAUAUUGAGAUGAGGUUGACGAACAGCUGCUGGGGAAAAGUCAGGAUUCGUGUAGAAGGCAAGGAAGGAGAUAUGUGUGCAGACACCUGGACAGAAGACAAGUCUGUGAAGCUGUGUGAAAAGCUGAACUGUGGGACGCCCAUAAAAGCCCACAACAGUCCCAGAGAUGGUGAUAUCAUCAUCAAGAGUUUACACCCGACAAAUCAGACUACUGACCUGACACAGAGCAUCUUUGUCAAAAACCAGGACAAUGAUAACUCCUGUAAACAAAAACCAGCCUAUGUUGUUUGCUCAGGUAGUGUCAAGCCCAGAUUUAGCAUUCCCAGUUACAAAUGUUUUGGAAACAUAGAGGUGGAGUAUGAGGGGAAGUGGAUCCCUGUGUGCGAGGAUGCUCUCAAAGACACUAACAAUCGAAACACCAUCUGUCAGGAGCUUAAAUGUGGUGAUGCUGUCGAGACUCUUCCCUACUUUGGACCUGCACCAACAGAUAAAUUAGCCAUUUCAAACCUAAACUGCAUUGCAAAUGCUAACAGUUCAUUAUCUACAUGCAGCAGUAUUACUGCUUCUACAACUGCCUGCAAACACAGUGGCCUCCGAUGCUCUGAAUGGAGGACGAUGGUACCUGACAAAAAGGCCUGUAGUGGAACAGUGUUGGUUCACUGGAGACAGGGACCCAGUGCUGUUUCCAGAGAAAACUUCAAUGAAACUGAGAAGGAAAAGCUCUGCCAGGAUAUGGACUGUGGUGGACACCAAUCAACAAAUAAAAGCCACCCCCAAACAAUUGAAAUAGAUUCUUUUUGGAACAAAAGAUUCAGCUGUGGUAAAAAUCCAGGAAGCAUUUGGGAGUGUGAAAAUAAAACCACUCCCUCAAGGAAGGAGCCAGUCUUUAUUGAAUGCCAAAAGGAGCCCAGUGUCAGCCUUUCACAGGGCUGUAGUGGGGAAGUGAAGAUAGAUGGCGUUCCAGUGUGUGCUAGUAACUGGGAUCUAUCCUAUGCACACAAAGUUUGCCAAGAAAAGCUUUGUGGCAAUGCUGUCUUCAUUAAACCCAAAGCUCCAUCAAAGGGUUCAGGUAACAUUUACCAUGUCAGCUGUGAAAAGUACCAUUCCAUCAUUGGCCAGUGCAGGAGGACUAAAGGAAAGUGUGACACAAAUGUGGUGUUCAUUACUUGUAGUGAAAGUGUAAAGUUCCGCACGACUGAAAAACAUGGAGGUGUCCUUUAUGUCAAUUAUCGAGAUAAGUGGGAAAGAGUAUGUCCAUUUGAUCGUUCCCAAGACUCAAAGGAAAAGCUCUGUGAAGAGAUUAAUAAUGUGACCCAUAGCAGCUCUAAGGAAAACAAACAGGUCAACUUAGAAACAACACUGGAGUUUACUGAUACCAUGGACGUCAAGCGUGCCGUCAAACAACUUUCCUGUGGAAACGCUUCUCCAGCUACAAUCACUUGCUAUAUAACAGAGCCUCCCCCACCACCAUCGCCAACACCUACGCCUAUACCCAUAGGACCUGUUAUCGUGGGUGUGAUAUUUCUUCUUGUUGUAGUGAUCUUGAUUUCUUCAUUUAUACGAUUGUAUGUCAGGAGAGUCAGGGAGUCCAGAGCUUUAGCAAGAAUGCUGCCAGGGAAAGAAAUGGAGUUUGAAAGUGGAGAUUAUGAGGACGUCAUGGACAAAGACAAUGAGAUGGAAGACUUCAGUCGUGGCAGAUUCAGAUCUGAGGCUGAAUUUGUCUCAGAGAAUGAUGGGCGGAGUGUUUCCUCUUUACCUUAUGAUGAUAUUGAUGAAGCAGAUGAGGCUCGACCCCUGACCUUUCCGGCCACUACUGCUCCUGCUGCCCGAGACAUCAACGUUCAUGAAGACGGGGUGACCUAUGAAGUGGAAGAUCCACAGGAGAGUUAUGAUGACAUUGAUACAGUCCCUGAAACUGCACAGACUACAGCAGAGGUCCACGACAGCCCUGAAACACAACAUGACUUAAACACAGCAGCUCCAGGAUUGGUGAAGAGGGAUGAGGACUACCUAGAGCCAGAUCAAGAUGAGUGAGCCAAAUGCGGCUUUAGAAACAACUUUAAAAAAGUCUCACAAAGUGGCUCCUGACAAAAUUAACUGUUCUUUUUCUCUAAUUAAAAAUAAGAGGACAAAAUAAUUAAAAUAUAUUGAUGCAACAUACAUUUACUGAAAUUCCUUGAAGAAAACUACAUUUAAUGCAAGAACUUAAUUUUAAAAGAAUUUAAAUUCAUCCCUUGAUCCUGUAUAGCAAAAAACUUAAAAUGUAAAAUGUAACAAAAAAGAAGGAUACUAGUGUUAUCAAUAAAUCAUUCCAUGAUGUUGUGUUUAAUAGUAGUUGAAUGUAAAGCUUUUAUCAAACAUGUCUAUACUGUGUGGUAUUCCAUUUUUUAUUCAGUUAUCUUUGUUUAAAUGUGUGAUGUUGAUGCAACAGAUGAGCUAGCGAAUAGAUAGAUAGAUAGAUAGAUAGAUAGAUAGAUAGAUAGACAUUAAAAUAGUUUGCUUAGCUUACAGCUUCUUAAAGGCGGGGAGACAGCUAGCCUCUUCCUGCUUCUUGUUUUCAGGCUUAGCUAAGCUAACUGCCUUGUUACAUUUAUAUUCAGCUAUAAAUGUGAGUGUAAUAUUGAUAUUUUCAUCAAACUCUGUGUAGGAACAAACAAGUGCGUGCCUCAUAAUAUUAAGCUACUGUUCUAAAUAUAGUAUACUCUUUAAAACAUAAAGAAUUCAAUAAGUUUUGGUUGCCA